GCCUGCGCCUAGGCCGGGUCGGUGGAGUCCUUGCUUUGGUGCCUGCUACGGUCUGUCCUGGUGGGGACGCCUUUGCCUCGUCUUUACGAGUUUGGCCGGGCCCAGGGGAGGGGGCCGAGUACGGGAGCUGGGGUGCGGAGAUCCGUGAAGGGGGCGCUGGGAUAAUCAAGUGUAACAAAGAUGAGCUUCCUCUGUGGACUGCAGUCUGCUGCUAGAAACUGUGUUUUCUUCCAAUUUAAUUUACUGACCAACUGGAAAAAAUGUAACACACUAGCUGUAACCCUACGGGACUGUCAUCAAGUGAAAAUUAACCAUAUAGUGAAUAAAUCUCAAGGCCUGAGAAUUAAUCAGGGUGAUCGAUUGGCUUUUCUGCCUGAAAACUUUGAUUUCUAUCGGACUUUUAUUAACAGAAGAGCAGGAUGCCUUUUGGACACCAAAAGUAAGGGAAUUUGGAUGAUUACCCGCAAACGACCUGCAUGGAAUGACUCUUUUUCAAGACAGCUAAGGAUGAAAGGUGUUCCAGUAGUUCCUACUCCUUCAGUAUCUCGCCUUCUAAACUGUUUACCCACAAGAGACGUAAGGAGUUUCCACACUUCUCCGCGGUUUCACGCUGCUCCAGUUCCUCUCUUGUUAAUGAUUCUUAAACCAGUGCAGAAACUACUUGCAAUCAUUGUGGGCAGGGGCAUAAGGAAAUGGUGGCGGGCACUUCCUCCUAACAAGAAGGAACUAUUUAAAGAAAGUGUGAGGAAGAAUAAAUGGAAGCUAUUCCUUGGUUUGAGUAGUUUUGGAUUGCUCUUUGUAGUGUUUUAUUUUACUCACCUGGAAGUGAGUCCAGUCACAGGAAGGAGCAAACUACUAUUAUUGGGGAAAGAACAUUUCAGACUUUUAUCAGAACUGGAAUAUGAAGCAUGGAUGGAAGAAUUUAAAAAUGACAUGCUAACUGAGAAAGACGCCCGAUACCUGACUGUUAAAGAAGUGGUUCAUCAUUUAAUUGAAUGCAAUAAAGAUAUUCCAGGGAUCUCUGAGAUCAAUUGGGUUAUUCAUGUGGUUGAUUCCCCAGAUAUAAAUGCCUUUGUGCUUCCAAAUGGACAAGUGUUUCUCUUCACUGGGCUUUUAAAUAGUGUGACUGAUAUUCAUCAGCUUUCCUUCCUUAUGGGCCAUGAAAUAGCACAUGCAGUACUCGGGCAUGCUGCAGAAAAGGCUAGCUUGGUUCAUUUACUGGAUUUCCUAGGUCUGAUUUUUCUCACAAUGAUUUGGGCCAUUUGUCCUCGGGAUAGUUUGGCCCUUUUGGGCCAGUGGAUACAGUCUAAAUUGCAAGAGUUUAUAUUUGAUAGACCAUAUAGUAGAACGCUGGAGGCUGAAGCUGACAAAAUUGGACUAGAGCUUGCUGCAAAGGCUUGCGUGGACGUCAGAGCCAGUUCAGUGUUUUGGCAGCAGAUGGAAUUUGCAGAUAGCCUCUAUGGUCAUGCCAAGUUGCCAGAGUGGUUAUCUACACACCCUUCUCAUGGCAAUCGAGCUGAGUACUUGGAUACACUCAUACCCCAGGCUCUCAAAAUUAGAGAGAUCUGUAAUUGCCCACCACUUUCUGGGCCAGACCCUCGAUUACUAUUCAAGCUCAGCAUGAAGCAUUUUCUUGAAGAAGCAGAGAAAGAAGACCUGAAUAUCACUGUUAAACAGAAAAUGGAUACUCUUCCCAUUCAAAACCAGAAGCAAAUACCAUUAACAUGUAUAGUUGAGAAAUGAACUGCCAAAUGAAUUAAAAUUUAUGAGGUACAGGAUAUAUGAAGAAUGCGGCAAUCCUUAUCAUUUUUAUGUUAUUUUUAAAAUGAUGUUUGAAAUAAAAAAGAUACUCAGGGUCAAAUCAUGUAUAUUAUAAGUAUUAUCUAAAUUCUUAUACUAUGUAUUUUUCAUGAAAUAUUGAUAACAUUUUAAUCUGUUUUAAAAUAUCUUCAGUGAGGAAAAUGUCAGAGAAUAAAUUUAUAUUACACAUUUUAUGCUGUCUUAUACCUUUGAUUUGAAAGGCAGACUUCUCGUGGAUGAAAAAUCAGAAUGUGCAGUAAUUGUUGUUGUCGAGAGAGUUCCAGCUGAGCCUAAACUGGGUUUCAGAGUCUGGAUGGCUGUGGUGAACUGGGAAACUGACAGUCUGAAAUAUGCAGAAACUGGCUUGCAUAAGGGUGGGAUUAUGUGAAAAAGAAGGAGGACCUUGGGCUGCAGACUUUCCUGGUCCUCACUUAAUGGCCUUUGAGGGAUUAAGAUAAAGUUGAAGAAGCUUCAUCCGUAGGGAGGCACAGAUAGUGCCUGCUAGUGGUCCAAGCGGCAAAGUGAGAAACAAGGGGCGUGUACUCCUGGUGCACUGAAGUCUUCAGAGGAAGUCGAGUCAUCUUGGCUCCUUGAAGAUAUUACAGUUUGGGGAUCUCUGGGGUUCUCAGGGAAGGCAGACCCCCUGUUUGUUCUCUCUGAGCUAUCACCAGGAGAGGUGGGCAGGGCCCCCAAGCUGAUCUUCCUAAGCAUCAGACACUGGCAAAGGGCUGGAUGAAGAUGAGAGAAGUACAAGAUACGUCGCUGGUGAGACCCAGAAAUUACUGUAUUAUCUGAAUGCGGAAAUAGGUUUUAAAAAUGUAUUAUUAUUUAUAUAUUAUUUGUACUCCCAAACUGGUGAAUUCUAGUAAUGUUGAGAUUAUAUUCCUAGAGGAACAUUUUUCUUGAAACACGUUAUAUCAAAUAAAUAGUUUCUUAGAGAA